AUGGGCCAAGCUGCUACCCUGCCUUGUCGGAGAGGAGAGUCUUAUGUUACAGAGCUGUACGAAUGGUUCAGAAAGUUUAUCAAUGAAUGUCCAAGUGGGCUGAUCACUCUUCAUGAGUUUCAAAGGCAUUUCUGCAAUGGAACAGUGGGCAGUGAGUCAGCCGAGUAUGCAGAACAGAUAUUCCGUACACUGGACAGUAACAGGGAUGGGGUGGUUGAUUUCAGGGAGUAUGUCAUGGCCAUCAGCAUGCUUAUUGAAGGUUCAGCGGUGGAGAAACUCCGCUGGUCAUUCAAGCUCUAUGACAAAGACAGAGAUGGAGCUAUUACAAAGGAGGAAAUGCUGGAGAUCAUGCAGGCUGUUUACAAGAUGAGUGUGGCUGCUGCUUUAACCAAGCCCAACCCACUCACAGCUGAAGAAUGUACCAACAGGAUAUUUGUGAGAUUAGAUAAAGACAAUAACGCCAUCAUCAGUCUGGAGGAGUUCAUAGAGGGAGCGCUGGAUGAUGAUUGGAUCAGAGAGAUGCUGGAAUGUGACCCCAGCACCGUGAAGGUGGAGAGGCCCCUGGGGAGGGACACCGCUUUGGGGACCCAUGGUUGACCUGAAGUGGGAUAUUCUGUUCACUGGGUGCAGAGAAAUCAACUCUUUGAUAUCCAGACUGAAAUGUCCAGGCUGUGCAGCAACACAGCCUCCAUUUUGCUGCAACAAAUUAUGUCACUAUCUGAAAUAGCUGAAGUUUGAAUUAGUGAUUGUUGUUCUGUUGUUGUUGUUGUUGGUGUUUUCUUUGUUUUUUUCUGUCUGAAUGCACCUCAUGAAUCAUCCAUCCUGCACUUGUGGCCAUACAAACUUGCACUAGGUGACAGACCAUAAAUACAUUUUGAGUAAGCAUGUUGUACUGACAUUUGGAUUGACGUUGCAAAUGUGUAGCUCUCAGUUGCCAUUAAUGCCCAGGGCCCAUGUCUGUGUCUGUUGAUUGGUUACAUCGUUAAAAUGCUACUUGGAUGUUAAUGCAUCAGUAACAACAAAAUAAACAAUGUGAAAACGGCC